AUGAGCGAUAGCCGACGAGAACUCCUGCUCAGCGCCGCGCUCGCUGCCUCCGUCGCGCUCCUGCUCGACCGCUGGCUCCGUCGCCGCGGGAGAGGCACCGGCAAGGAUGCGCUCGCCCGAGAACUGGCCCGCCUCGAGGCGCGUGCCGAGGCCGUCAGGGAGGCGCUCGCUGGCCUGGACGAGCCUCCGCAGCGAGAGGUGCGGAUCUGGAUGGACGGCGCGUUCGACAUGAUGCACUACGGCCACGCCAACGCGUUCCGCAAGGGCCGUGCCCUCGGCACGCACCUCAUCGUCGGCGUCAACGACGACGAGCGUGCAAGAGCAAAGGCCAGCACUGCAAAAGCGUGCAAGUUUGUGGACGAGGUGGUGCCCAAGGCGUGCAAGUUUGUGGACGAGGUGGUGCCCAAGGCGAUCGAGACCUACCGCAUCGACUACGUCGUCCACGGAGACGACCCGUGCAUCGUCGACGGCAGAGACGCGUCGACGCCCCGUGCUCGCCCCGGACAGGCGCGCGCGCUGGGCAAGUACCGCACCAUCCCGCGCACCGAGGGCGUCUCGACGACCGAGAUCGUGGGGCGAGGCCUAGCCGAGACUGUCGAGAGGCGGCGGAUGCUGCUCCUCACUCGGGACCACCACCGCGCCGCCGCACCUUCGCCGGUCGGGCCGGCGGCGGGCGGGCGGGCGAGGGAGGCUAGGACGGCGGGCGAGGGCGGCGAGGGCGACUUUCUGCUCGUUGGCGUCCACUCGGAUGCGGUGGUCAACCGGCACCGCGGCUGCAACUUCCCGCUGCUCAACCAGCAGGAGCGCGUGCUGUCGGUGCUGGCGUGCCGCCACACGGGCGACGUGGUCAUCGACUCCUCCCGUGGCCGCAUCCACGCCAACCACGACCGCAUCGCGACCAAGGUGGAGAAGAAGAUGGUGGCGGAGCAGCAGUACUACAAGGAGAGGUACCGGCUGUGA